AUGGCGAACCAGUGGGAGUGCGCUCUGCGGCUGGAGAAGGGCUUCGUCUUGGAUGGGGUGGCGGUGAGCUCCGUGGCCCGCUCCUACGAGCGCACGAGACCCAAGCUCUGGUCGGCGAUCCCUCCGUACAACGCGCAGCAGGACUACCACGCCCGCCGCUACUUCCAGAGCUGCGUGGUUCCGCCCGUUUUGCGGAAAACUGAACAGGAUCGCGGAGGGACAGGAAGGGACGGCUGGAUAGUGGACUACUACCACAUCUUUGGGCCAGGACAGAGAUACCUCAACCGGAGAAACUGGGCAGGGGCAGGGCAUUCCUUCCAGCAGGUGACGGGCCACGACUUCUACAACACGGAGCAGAAACCCAUGAAGGGGUUCAAUGGUCCCUUUGGCUACCGCCGGAAUACUCCAGCCUUCCGCCAGCACACGUCUGUCUUUGGAGAGGUGACUCGGUUCCCUCUCUUCUAA